AGAAUGAUGAGGUACGGAUCAAGUCUGACGAAGCUGGGUGGGGAAGCUGCGAGGCUGGGCGAAGCAAGACGCAGUACGAGCAUUCAGAGGCUCGGAGCGAGCGCCAAGACUCGUGGCACGGGUACAAGUUUGGGGACUGGAAGCAGCAGCUGGCGCGGGCUACUGAGCUGGACGUACGCGUUGGGCGGUUCGAUUGGUCGGAUCUGGUGGCCCUGUACCGCACAGAAGUGGGAGGGGAGGGUAGUUCUGCUGUCGCAGGUGGAGGAGGAGGGGGAGGUGGGGGAGGAGGAGAGGGGUUUUCUGACGCACCUGUGAUGGAAAAGAGCGGUAGUGUGGAGGUGACCAUCAACUCUGGCGGGAUUGUGUACUUUGCACUGUUCCAACAGAAGAUGCUCGAUGCUGGACCCCAACGGGGCGAUUUUGAGCACAAAGAAACAGAGGAGGAAGGCAGGAAUGGGGCGAUUGAGGAAAAGCUGGGGCCGCAAAUUCCGCCUCAAGACACACUCCAAAGCAAAGAUAACAGGGGAGUGGAAAAGGCUGGGAAGGAAUGGUUAGGACGUGAAGGACAAGGGUUAGAACACCAGCCACAACUGGCAGCAGCGUGCAUCAAAUUCGCGGGGUCGCGCAUUGUGGUGCAGUCUGAGCGAUUCGGAGCAGAGCUGGCCAUGCACCUGGGCAUUGCCACGCCGCAGGUGCGCGUGGUGCACAGGGGGAAUCACGGCAGAAGCAGCACCCACAGCAGCCCCGUGCUAUGCAGUGCCACUAACACCAACAGCAGCAGCAGCAACACCGGCAACACGGGUAGGAGAAGGGCCACAGUAGCUGGAACUUGCAGUAUGGCAUCUCUGGGUGGUUCUGGUGCUUGCAGCGACAACGACGACCGUUUCACAAUGGAUAAAGAAAACCAGCAGCGGGGGUUCCCCGGCCAGGUGGACGUUUGUGGUCGAGGCCAUGAUCCUUGUUUGUCGGCGCAUGAGCUUGCUGUGAAGCAGAGUCAGGAGUGGGAGGAGGUGGUUCUGGCUGUGGAACGACUGAGGGAGAGAGAGGUGGAGGCGAGAGGGGAAGGGGGUAGGAGCGGGAGAGGGGAGGAGGUGGACGGGAGGGAUGGUGGAGCGGAGGAGGGAGGGAGUGUGGUGGAAAGGAAGGAGAGUGGAGGGAAGGAGGAGGCGAGUGUGGUGGAGGAGUUUCUGGAAGCCCUGCAGCUGAGCCGAUGCUUCUUGUUCAUGGGAGACAAAAAUCAGGAGGAGCAGGGGAAUCAGGUAACUCAGCUGCCAGCAGGACAGGAGGUAGAGCACGUGCGUGUGCGGCAGGAGGUAGUGGUGAUUGAUUCGUCCAUCUGCCGCCGCGUGCCGCCCGGGCUGGCAGAGCAGGACAGGGAGGCCAUUCCACGCCUCGUGCAGCUGCUGCUGCAUGACCCCUGCUUUGCUGCCCACACCCUCUUCCACGCCUCCUUUGGUGCUCUGGGUGAGCAGCAGAAGCAGGAUAAGCUGAGCAUUCUGGGCGAGCGGGACAAGCAGGACAAGCUGCAUGUGUUGGGUUCUCUGGGUGAUGAGGUGGGUGCGAGGGAGGCGGUGGAGGAGAUGGGGCGCGUGCAGCGCACGCUGGCAGCGCUGCACUCGCGGCUGGACGACAUGCUCCGCGCCUUCCUCGCGUUUGUCACCUCCGUGCCUGCACUCGAUGGGCCAGGGGAGGGCGGACGAGGCCGGGAGGGCAGGAGAGGUGGGGAGAAUGGGCAGAGCGGGCGAUUGGGAGAGCGUGUGCGAAGUGGGGAGUUUGAGGCGGCUGCUGGAGGCUGGGAGAGUGGGGAGAGUGAGGGCCGGAUGGGAUAUGGUGGAGUCAACAACAAGGGAUGCGAUGGCGGUAAUAGUGGUGGUUUCGGUGGGAUUGGUGACUCCAGCGACAGCAGGAUUGGCGGUGGUGCUGGUUCCGACUUGAAGUGUGGUGGUGACAGCUGUUCUGGGCGGCGAGGACCUGCUACGAGACGAUCCUCGCCGUCUAUCUCGUGCCGCACUGCGCACAUGGCUGCGAGUAGGUUGGACUUUGGAAGUGUUGGUGGGGAGCGGGAGAACGACAGCAAGAGGGAUGGCAGCAGUGGUGCUAGUGGUGAUGAUGGGGUUACAGGCAGUGGUGAUGGCAGUGGUGGCGGCUGUGGCAGCAUUGGAGGUGGUGCUGCCAAAGAGCCAGAGAUUAUAACAGCAGCACAAAGGAUUACAGAUGUUGCUGAGGAGACAUCUGCAGGCCAAGGCACUGGACUGUUUCCUCCGCCUCUCUCCUUCACUUCCACAGCCCCUUCAUCUCAUUUGCCACUUCCUCCUCCUGUCCUAUCUCCUGUUCCUGAAGCGGAAGACCCCAUUUCCCCUGACUCUGUUCCUCCUUCCGCCACCACUGCAAUAGUCAGAAGAACCACGUCAUCACCAUCGCCUUCCACGUCAUCAUCCAUUCCGACAUCAUCAUUCUCCCACGAUGACUCAUCCAUAGCACCUGCUGACGCCAGCAGGACCCUAUAUCUGCCCUCCCUCCGCCCCCUUGCCAAUUCAGCAGCAGAAGAUCCGCUGGAAGAGCCUUUCAAUGCACCUGCCCCAGAUCUACCUUCCCCAGUAACACCCUCCCCCCACACUACCGGCUCACAUAGUACCGCCCUGUGGUCGCCCCACACCCCCAGGGACUUCGAAUCUUCCCUCAACUCCUCCCCCCAGGCGGCCCCUCUUUCCCCUCGAGCGCCCCCGUCUGCUGAAACCUCUCCCUGUAAGGGGUCACCCUGUAACGGGUCACCUUCUAACGAAUCACCUUCUAAAGCGUCACCCUCAACUCCUCCCUCUAACAGGUUUCCCCGUUGCGAGAGGUUCUUGAGUGCUGUCAACUCCCACCCUUCCUCCUCCUUUCCUCCCUCUCCUAGCGAGGAGUCGUACUCUCAGCAUGUGAUGAGGCGGAUAUCACCUCCCCCAGUCAUGCCUCCCUCUGCUGCUGGGCCUGCCAAAUCCGCAGUCAAAGCCGCUGCCUGGAGGGCGUCUCUGGGUGGUUUACCCUCGCGGCUGAGCAUGAAGAUUCGCGGAGUGAGGAAGUCAGCGCAGGGGGACGAGGAGCUGAGGGAGCAGGUGCAGCGGUGGGACGGGAUGAUGCGGGAGGAGGCGGGGCGGAUAUGCAAGGCGGCUGCAGUGCCGUUUGUGACGGGGUUUAUGGAGGCGAGUGGAGGGGGCGGGGCACACAGCCUCGUUGACGCGUAUGAACUCAAGGUUCGUCUACACCACCUGCUGGAGCGGUGGGGGCUUGUUCAAGACUCCAUGGCGACCGAACGCCCCUCGCUCGUCCUCCCCCACCUCUACCUUGGCUCCGCCAUUGCUGCCCGCUCCUUCCCCCUGCUGCACCACCUGAGCGUGCGCCACGUCGUCACGCUCUGCCCCACGGACCUGUUAGACCCUGAUGCGGAGCAGUCCCCCCUCUUCAACUACCUCGUUCUGCCGUCUCUAGAACUUGUGUUUCCAAACAUCCCUUCUUGCCCCUCUCGGCAUGUCUCAAAGUGUGCUCCCCACCUCGCCCUCCUCGCCCUCCUCUCCUCGCCCUUUUCCACCAUGCGCGACUCAGACCGGGAGGAUCUGAGCAAGUACAUUGACACAACAAGCAGCUUCCUGGAAGCAGCCAUCAGCAAGGGCGAGGGGGUGCUGGUGCACUGCUACGAGGGCCGCAGCCGAUCCGUGUCGAUCGUGCUCGCUUACCUCAUGACCAAAAGCAGGCCCUCACGAGGUACGUCAGAGGGUGCUGGUACACUGCCAGCCCAGCCCAACCCCACCCCAUGGCCCCACCUUCACUGCUCUUCGGACCGGGAGGACCUGAGCAAGUACAUCGACACAACAAGCAGCUUCCUGGAAGCAGCCAUCAGCAAGGGCGAGGGGGUGCUGGCGCAUGCCCCUGGCGGAGGCAUGGGUGGUGUUGCAGUGCAUGCCCCUGGCGGAGGCAUGGGUGGUGCUACAUACUGCCCACCCCCAUGGCGCCCCCAACACCGCCUUCCUCCGCCAGCUCGUGGCCCUCGACAGACGGCUCUUCCCCCCCCCACCCUCCUGCGCCUUCCUUUCCCAUUUUCCCUCUUCCUUUCCCCUUACCAUCUCUUUUCGCUAACUCUUCUUCCUCUGUGGCCCCCACCCGGCGCCCCUUGCCUCCUCCCCCCGCCCCUCGUUCCCCACUCCCCCCCUGUCCUUUCCCCCCAGGCGCAUGCCCCUGGCGGAGGCAUGGGUGGUGCUGCAUUCCGCCCACCCCCAUGCCGCCCCCAACACCGCCUUCCUCCGCCAGCUCGUGGCCCUCGACAGACAGCUCUUCCCCCCUCCCCCUCCUCCAUCUCCGCCUCCUCUUCUCCCUCCUCCCACCGCUGCCCAAACUCCUCCCUGUGA